GCAUCCUUGUCGGGCUACAAUGCAGAAGCUACUGUGGCUGGGCUGUUUGUAUUUUCUGUGCAUCCUUGGAAGUCAAGGUAGGGGGGUGAAAAGACAGGAUGACUUUGUGCUUCUUGCAGGCCCCCUGGCACAACCAGAGCUGAAAACUUUCAGCAAUGGGGAACAUGCUGCCUUUGACUGCAGUCAUCCCAUACCAGCCAACUCCAAACUGUAUUUUGAGUACCUCCGGAGCAAAGGGAUGACACACUUCAAAGUCCCGCUGUCGUGGGUCCAGCUCCUUCCAACAGGCCUGUCAAGCGAACCCCAACCAGGUGUAGUUAGAUGCUACCAGACCCUCCUGAAGCAGCUGCUGGAGGAAGGACUGCAGCCACUCGUCAUCCUUCAUGGGUCAGAUGUUCCAGAGUCUUUGAGGUCCAGGUAUGGAGGCUGGGAAAGUCAGUGGCUGCUAGAGAUGUUUCAGCAGUAUGCCGAGUUCGCUUUGAAGGAGUUUGGGCCACUGGCACAGUCAUGGGUGACAUUUAGUGACCUGGAUAAGGUUUUGCAUGCGGGCCAGGCUGCAGGUGACCACCGUCUGCAAAACAUUCUCCAGCUGAACAAGAAGAUUUACCAGUUUUACCAUCACAACUUCCCUGGAAUUGGGAGACGUCUGUCAAUUGGGCUGAAAGGAACAGAUGAAGCUGCACUUUCCCAACUUAAAGGUUCAACAACUGUUGAUUUCUUGUCAGUUGACAUGGAUUACAGCUGCGCUUCAUCCGCAAAUUUUGCACAAGAGCUGAAGAACCUACAGAUUUCUACUGGAAACCUGCCUAUCCUGAUACAGAGGUUGACAGUUCAUGAUUGUUCAUACAAUGAACAAGAGCCUCUGCGAAACUUGAUGAAUGUCUUACACAGUCAUGAUCUGAAUAUCAUUGGAUGCGACAUGAAGGAUGUGUUGAUCCAGCAGGAGAUGCAUGGUGCUGUAGUCAGUGGUGGGAAACAUUUCAAAAGAUUGACAAGAUUGGGUAGCAGCUAUCAGAAGAUUUUGCAUGAGUCUGCAGCCAAAAGCACUGAAGACAGAGAUGUUCUCACUAAAGCAUUCCCUACCGGCUUCCAAUGGGCAACAUCCACAGAGUCUUUCAAGGUUGAAGGUGCAUGGGCAGCAGAUGGGAAAGGCGAGACCAUCUGGGAUCGCUUUGGUCAUGAAAACCAAGCCUUUAAUAAUCAUAAUGCUGACACAGCUGCUGACAGCUACAGAAAGGUAGAUAUAGAUGUCUACCUCUUGCGAGGUCUUGGAGUCAACACCUACCAGUUCUCCAUUUCCUGGGCCCGUAUAUUCCCCUCAGGUCACAAAGACAGCCUGUCAGAAGAAGGAGCUCUCUACUAUGACAAUCUGAUCAAUGCUCUUAUUGAAUCUGGCAUACAGCCUGUUGCCACUCUCUACCAUUGGGAUUUGCCUCAGGCUCUCCAAGACAAUGGUGGAUGGACCAAUCCUUUCAUUGUUGCAGCUUACGUGGACUAUGCAGCCUUCUGCUUCCAUAGAUAUGGAAACAGGGUCAAGAGCUGGAACACAUUCAGUAGUCCCUGGGUGGUGAGCCAUGCUGGAUAUGGCACAGGUGUGCAUGCUCCGGGAAUAAAAGACUACGUGACUGCUUCUUAUCAGGUUACUCAUAAUAUAGUGAAAUCCCAUGCUGAAGCCUGGCAUGUCUACAAUGACAAUUACAGAAACACACAGGGAGGGAAAGUGGGCAUUGCAUUAAACUCUGACUGGGCAGAACCUGCUGAUGCUGAAAAACCUGAAGAUAAGGAAGCUGCAGAGCGCUACCUUCAGUUUAUGCUAGGCUGGUUUGCCCAUCCAAUCUUCAUAGAUGGGGAUUAUCCAGAAGUUCUCAAAACUCAGAUUGCAAACAAAGCAAAAGAGUGUCCCUCAUCUGCGCCAGCAGUACUUCCAACUUUCACUGAUGAAGAGAAGUCGAGGAUCAAGGGAACUUCUGACUUUUUUGGUUUAAAUCAUUAUACCUCCCGUUUAGUUAGCAGCAGUGUAGGUGGGUGCACCCCUGGUCCUGAAGGAGUUGGAGACUUCCUGGCAAAAGUGGACCCCUCAUGGCCUGCUACAGCAUCAGACUGGAUCUACUCCAUGCCCACAGGACUACGGUCACUUCUGAACUACAUCAAAUCAGAAUAUCUAGCCGUUAACAAUGUGCCCAUUUACAUAACUGGGAAUGGCAUGCCAACAGAUGACAGUGGAGACACCCUGAAUGAUGUUAGCAGAAUACAGUACAUGACGGGUUACAUCAGUGAAGCCCUAAAAGCUAUUGAACUCGAUAAAGUGGAUGUGCAGAGAUUCACAGUGCAAUCACUUGUGGAUGGAUUUGAGGGAAACAAAGGGUACAGUGAAAGAUUUGGACUUCACCAGGUUAAUUUUGAAGAUGGCUACAGACCAAGAACACCAAAACAAUCAGCAUAUUUCUUUGCUCAGAUCAUUGAGCAAAAUGGUUUUGUUUCAAGUAAACAAGAUCAUUUUGAAGGUGUGAAAAUAUCACCACCUCAACGUUCCACUCCACUGCCACCCUCAGAGGUCCCAUCUGCAUCAAAGUCUGUUUGGGAAAAAUUUACACCACAGAAAAGGUUGGACAGACAGAUGUAUCACUAUGGCAAUUUCUCACAAAACUUUUUAUGGGGCGUCUCAUCUUCAGCUUAUCAGAUUGAGGGUGGAUAUAACCAGGAUGGGAAAGGACAAAGUGUAUGGGAUGUAGUCAGUAAUAACCCAGGUAGUGGUAUUCCUGAAGAUGUGAAUGGAAAUGUUGCCUGUGACAGUUACAAUAGACUCGAUGAAGACCUUUACAUGCUGCAAGCUUUGAAAGUGAAAUCAUACAGAUUUUCUCUGUCAUGGUCCAGAAUCUUUCCCAAUGGUAGACAUGAGUCCCUGAACCAGAAGGGUGUUGAUUAUUACAACAGACUUAUUAAUGGCCUCUUGGCCAGAAAAAUCACCCCAAUGGUCACAAUCUAUCACUGGGACCUCCCACAAGCUCUACAAGACAUUGGUGGCUGGCAAAAUGUGGAGAUGAUUAACAUUUUUAAUGAUUAUUGUGACUUCUGCUUUGCCACUUUUGGUGACAGAGUAAAAUUCUGGAUGACCAUGAAUGACCCUCAAGGACUUGCAUGGCUAGGAUAUGGAACUGGACAAAUCCCUCCAAAAAUCACAGAGCCAGGAACAGCACCAUACCAAGUUGCACAUAACUUGAUAAAAGCUCACGCUACAGCAUACCACACAUAUGAUAACAAAUACCGUGCUUCUCAAGGAGGUAUGGUUUCCAUUGCCCUUAAUGCUGAAUGGGUUGAACCUAAAGAUAUCAAUGUCCCUCGUGAUCUUGUUGCUGCUGACCGUGCAAUGCAGUUCAACCUGGGUUGGUUUGCCCACCCAAUUUUCAAGAAUGGAGACUAUCCAGAGGCCAUGAAAGCCCAAGUUUUGGUCAAAAGUGAACUCCAAGGUCUUUCACAGUCAAGACUCCCUUCUUUCACAGAGGAGGAAAAGAACUUGAUCAAAGGAACUGCUGACAUGUUCUGUGUGAAUCACUACACCACCAGGCUAGUAACCCAUGUUACAGCUGCAUUUUCUCCAGCAUCUUAUCUAAGUGACUGGGACUAUGUAGAAGAAGAGAUACUUGAUCAACCAACGACACCAAUUGGAUUCACAAGAGCUGUAUCAUUUGGCAUGAGAAGGCUUCUCAACUGGAUCAAGGAAGAAUAUGGUGAUCCAGAUAUUUACAUUACUGAAAAUUCAGUUGCCACUCCCAGGGAAUGGGCAUUUGAUGAAAUCGACAGAGUCUUCCUUUACAAAACUUAUAUUGAUGAGGCUCUUAAAGCCUAUGAACUAGAUGGAGUCAAGGUGAAAGGCUAUGCAACAUAUCUCAUGGAUUCCUUUCAGUACCUUUAUGGCUACCUCUUUGGGUUUGGUCUGCACCACAUAGAUUUCAAUAACCCAAACCGACCAAGAACACCCAAGUUUUCGGCUCAUUUCUACUACAAUGUCAUGAGGGACAAUGGUUUUCCAUUACCAGAAGAUGAAAAGAUGUUAUAUGGAGAAUUCAAAAAGGAUUUCAUUUGGAGCAGUGCAACAGCAUCAUACCAGAUUGAAGGGGCCUGGAGAGAAGAUGGAAAAGGUCUCAGCAUCUGGGACAAGUUUACACACACUCCUGGAAAAAUAUCUGAGCAUGACACUGGGGAUGUUGCUUGCAACAGUUACAAUAAGAUGGAAGAUGACAUUGCUGCACUGAAGAAAGUCAAGGUGUCUCACUAUCGCUUCUCCAUAUCCUGGCCACGAAUCCUACCUGACGGUACUACCAAAUACAUCAAUCAGGCUGGUCUAAAUUACUACAAAAAACUUCUGGAUUCUCUCAUUGCAGCAAACAUUGAGCCUCAAGUCACUUUGUACCACUGGGAUCUCCCACAAGCUCUGCAGGAUGUUGGAGGUUGGGAAAAUGAGACCAUCAUUGAAAGAUUCAAGGAAUAUGCAGAUGUCCUUUUUGAGAAUCUUGGUCCCAAAGUGAAACUUUGGAUCACUUUCAAUGAGCCAUUCGUAAUAACUGUAUUAGGCCAUGUCCAAGGUGCACAUGCCCCAGGUCUCAACGACCGACCAGAUACUCUUCCAUACAUUGUAGGCCACAACAUAAUCAAAUCCCAUGCAGAGGCCUGGCAUGUCUACAAUGACAAAUACAGAGCCUCACAGGGAGGAUUGGUCUCCAUCACUGUAAACUCAGACUGGGCAGAACCCAGAAACCCCUACAAGCAAGAGGAUUAUGAAGCUGCGCGAAAUGUGGUUGAGUUUUAUCUUGGCUGGUGGGCCCAUCCCAUUUUUAAUGGUGACUACAGCCCACUGGUGAAGAAAUCUGUUCUAGACCAAAGUCUUGCAGGUGGUUUGACAAAAUCCAGGCUGCCCGAGUUUACUCCUGAGGAAAUUAAGCGAAUUAAUGGCACAUAUGAUUAUUUUGGAUUAAACCAUUACUGCAGUGUCUUGGCAUUCCCUGUAGACUUUGGAACGACUCAACACUUUGAAGCAGACAGGGGUGUGGUGGUUAUUAGUGAUCGGACCUGGUUGGAAACCGGUUCUGUCUGGUUGAGGAUGACACCAUUUGGUCUCCGAAGAUUGCUGAAAUUCAUCAAGGACGAGUACAGAAAUCCUCCCAUUAUCAUCACUGAGAAUGGUGUCUCUGAAAAUGGGCCAGUUGAUCUGAAUGACGUUCACAGGAAAUACUAUUAUGAAAAGUACAUCAACCAAGUGCUGAAAGCUUAUUUGCUUGAUGACGUCAAUAUUAUUGGCUACACUGCUUGGUCUCUGCUGGACAACCUGGAAUGGGGUGUUGGCUAUACAGAGAGAUUUGGACUUUUCUAUGUUAAUCGCACAGACCCUGAUCUGCCUCGAACCCCCAAAGCCUCCGUGUCCUUUUACUCCUCCAUCAUCAGCUGCAACGGGUUUCCCGAUCCAGCAUCUGGACCUCAGGAGUGUUGGAACCCUACCCCUACAAUUGUCCCAGAUUUCACAAUGAACAGGUUGCUGUGGGUUGUGUGUCUGUAUUUUUUAUGUGUGAUUGUUUGGAGCAGUCAGGUGAAUGGAGAAGAUCACUUUAUGCUUCUUGCUGGCCCUCUGACUGAGAAGGACCACAGAACCUCCAGCAGUGAUGAAAAUGUCUUUGACUGCAGUCAUCCAAUACCAGCAGCUUCCAAGCAGUAUUUUAAGUACCUCCAGACCAAAGGGGUGACCCACUUCAAAGUGCCGCUGUCAUGGGCAAAAUUUCUUCCUACAGGCCUGACCAGCAAGCCUCAACAGGAUGUGGCAAGUUGUUACCAGACCCUGCUGAAGAACCUGCAGGAGGAGGGCUUGCAGCCUCUCGUCAUUCUUCAUGGAUCAACAGUUCCAGGCUCUUUCAGGUCCAGGUAUGGAGGCUGGGAAAGUCAGCAGCUGCUAGACAUGUUUCAACAGUAUGCUGAGUUUGCUUUGAGAGAAUUUGGCCAUUUGGCAAACUCGUGGGUGACAUUUAGUGACCUGGAUGAGAUUUUGCAUGAAGGACCAGCUGUCGAUGGUCACAGUCUUCUCCAAAAUAUCCUUCAGCUCAACAAGAAUAUUCAUGAGUUUUAUCAUCAAAACUUUCCAUAUGAAGGGAGACGUCUAUCAUUUGGGUUGAAUGCAAAACACUUGGAUCAACUUUCCAGUCUUAAAGCUUUCACAAAUAUGGAUUUCUUGUCAGUGAACCUUGAAUAUAACUGCGCCUCCUCAAAGAGUUUUGCACAAGAGUUGAGAAGCUUGCAGACAUCUGCUGGAAAUUUGCCAAUCUUGCUAUAUAAGAUGCCAGUUCGUAACUGUAUCCUGAGUGAACACCAGCUCCUUGGAGAUUUAUUACAAGUUUUAUGGAGAAAUAGUUUGAAUAUUAUGGGAUGCGACAUGAAGAAUGUAUUAGAUGGGCUGGACAUGCAUGAUUCUCAAGUCAGCAGGACCGAAUUCAGGAAGAGUUAUGAAAACAUCUUUCAGAAAUUUGGAGACCAAGCCAGUGAUGACGAUCUGUUCCUCACUAAAGGAUUUCUCCCGGGUUUCCAAUGGGCUACGUCGUCAGAAUCUUUCAAGGUUGAAGGUGGCUGGUUGGAAAGGGGAAAAGGAGAGACUAUUUGGGAUCAAUUUGGUCAUGAAGGUCAAGCUUUUGCAAAUCACACUGCUGAUCUUGCUUGCGACAGUUAUAACAAAGUUGAUAUAGAUGUCUACCUUCUGCAAAGUCUUGGAGUCAACACCUACCAGUUCUCCAUUUCCUGGGCCCGUAUAUUCCCCUCAGGUCACAAAGACAGCCUGAAGGAAGAAGGAGCUCUCUACUAUGACAAUCUGAUCGAUGCUCUUAUUGAAUCUGGCAUACAGCCUGUUGUCACUCUCUACCAUUGGGAUUUGCCUCAGGCUCUCCAAGACGAUGGUGGAUGGACCAACCCUUCCAUUGUUGCAGCUUACAUGGACUAUGCAGCCUUCUGCUUCCAUAGAUAUGGAAACAGGGUCAAGAGCUGGAACACAUUCAGUAGUCCCUGGGUGGUGAGCCAUGCUGGAUAUGGCACAGGUGUGCAUGCUCCGGGAAUAAAAGACUACGUGACUGCUUCUUACCAGGUCACUCAUAAUAUAGUGAAAUCCCAUGCUGAAGCCUGGCAUGUCUACAAUGACAAUUACAGAAAGACACAGGGAGGGAAAGUGGGCAUUGCAUUAAACUCUGACUGGGCAGAACCUGCUGAUGCUGACAAACUGGACGAUAAGGAAGCUGCAGAGCGCUACCUUCAGUUUAUGCUAGGCUGGUUUGCCCAUCCAAUCUUCAUAGAUGGGGAUUAUCCAGAAGUUCUCAAAACUCAGAUAGAAAAGAAAAGAAAUGAGUGUCCCUCAUCUGCGCCAGCAGUACUUCCAACUUUCACUGAUGAAGAGAAAGCGAGGAUCAAGGGAACUUCUGACUUUUUUGGUUUAAAUCAUUAUACCUCCCGUUUAGUUAGCAGCAGUGUAGGUGGGUGCACCCCUGGUCCUGAAGGAGUUGGAGACUUCCAGGCAAAAGUGGACCCCUCAUGGCCUGCUACAGCAUCAGACUGGAUCUACUCCAUGCCCACAGGACUACGGUCACUUCUGAACUACAUUAAAACAAAAUAUCUAGCCAUUAACAAUUUGCCCAUUUACAUAACUGGGAAUGGCAUGCCAACAGAUGAUAUCUUCAAUGACACUAGCAGAAUAGAGUACAUGGGAGGUUACAUCAGUGAGGCCCUAAAAGCCAUUGAACUUGAUAAAGUGGAUGUGCAGCGAUUCACAGUGCAAUCACUUAUGGAUGGAUUUGAGGGAAACAAAGGGUACAGUGAAAGAUUUGGACUACAUCAUGUUAAUUUUGUAGAUAGCUACAGACCAAGAACACCAAAACAAUCAGCAUAUUUCUUUGCUCAGAUCAUUGAGCAAAAUGGUUUUGUUUCACGUAAACAAGAUCAUUUUGAAGGUGUGAAAAUAUCACCACCUCGCCGUUCCACUCCACUGCCACCCUCAGAGGUCCCAUCAGCGUCAAAGGUUGUCUGGGAAAAAUUUACGCCACAGAAAAAGUUUGACAGACAAAUGUAUCACUAUGGCAAUUUCUCACAAGACUUCUUAUGGGGCGUCUCAUCUUCAGCUUAUCAGAUUGAGGGUGGAUGGAAUGCAGAUGGAAAAGGACCCAGUGUAUGGGAUACAUUCACUCAGAAGCCAGGUAGUGGUAUUCCUGCAGAUGCAGAUGGCAAUGAAGCCUGUGACAGUUAUAAUAGACUCGAUGAAGACCUUUACAUGCUGCAAGCACUGAAGGUGAGGACCUACAGAUUUUCUCUGUCGUGGUCCAGAAUCUUUCCCAAUGGUAGGCGUGAAUCCCUGAACCAGAAGGGUGUUGAUUAUUACAACAGACUUAUUAAUGGCCUCUUGGCCAGAAAAAUCACCCCAAUGGUCACAAUCUAUCACUGGGACCUUCCACAAGCUCUACAAGACAUUGGUGGCUGGCAAAAUGUGGAGAUGAUUAACAUUUUUAAUGAUUAUUGUGACUUCUGCUUUGCCACUUUUGGUGACAGAGUAAAAUUCUGGAUGACCAUGAAUGACCCUCAAGGACUUGCAUGGCUAGGAUAUGGAACUGGACAAAUCCCUCCAAACAUCAAGGAGCCAGGAACAGCACCAUACCAAGUUGCACAUAACUUGAUAAAAGCUCACGCUACAGCAUACCACACAUAUGAUAACAAAUACCGUGCUUCUCAAAGAGGUAUGGUUUCCAUUGCCCUUAAUGCUGAAUGGGUUGAACCUAAAGAUAUCAAUGUCCCUCGUGAUCUUAUUGCUGCUGACCGUGCAAUGCAGUUUAACGUGGGUUGGUUUGCCCACCCAAUCUUCAAGAAUGGGGACUAUCCAGAGGCCAUGAAAGCCCAAGUUUUAGUUAAAAGUGAACUCCAAGGUCUUUCACAAUCAAGACUCCCUUCUUUCACAGAGGAGGAAAAGAACUUGAUCAAAGGAACUGCUGACAUGUUUUGUGUGAAUCACUACACCACCAGGAUAGUAACCCAUAUCACAGGUCUGCUGUCUCCACAUUCCUAUCAAAAUGACUGGGACUUCACAGAGGAACAAGAAAGUGAUUCACCAGCUACAGCCAUCAAAAACCAGAGAGCUGUAUCAUGGGGCCUACGAAGACUCCUGAAUUGGAUCAUGGAAGAGUAUGGAGACCCUGAAAUUUACAUAACUGAUAAUGGUGGAGCUACAACAGCAAAAACUACUUGGGAUGACAUUGACAGAGUGUUUUUUUACAAGACUUACAUAAAUGAAGCUCUUAAAGCCUAUGAACUAGAUGGAGUAAUGCUAAAAGGCUACACAGCAACAUCUCUCAUGGACUCCUUUGAGUGGUUAAAUGGCUAUACAGUUGGCUAUGGAUUCUACCAUGUCGACUUCACUGACCCAAACAAACCAAGAACACCCAAGUUGUCUGCUCAUUUUUACUUCCAACUCAUGAAAGACAAUGGUUUCCCCAUAACAGAAGAUGAGAAGAUGCUGUAUGGAGAGUUCCCUCAGGGUUUCCUUUGGAGUAGUGCCACGGCAGCUUACCAGAUUGAGGGUGGAUGGAGAGCUGAUGGAAAAAGUCUCAGCAUCUGGGAUAAAUUUGCUCACACGCCACUCAAAAUUUUUAACAGUGACAAUGGCGACAUCGCUUGUGACAGUUACAAUAAAAUAGAUGAAGAUAUUGCAAUAUUGAAGCAACUUGGGGUUAACCAUUAUCGUUUCUCUAUAUCCUGGACGCGGGUACUUCCUGAUGGCACAACAAAUCACAUCAACGAGGUUGGAUUUCGCUACUAUGACAGACUGGUGAAUGCGCUGCUUGCUGCAAACAUCCAGCCUCAUAUAACUUUGUACCACUGGGAUCUUCCACAAGCUCUGCAGAAUGUAGGAGGUUGGGAGAAUGACACUAUUGUUCAAAGAUUCAGGGAUUAUGCUGACGUUAUGUUCAGCCGUCUUGGAGACAGAGUGAAACUUUGGGUCACCAUUAAUGAGCCAUAUAACGUAGCAAUGAUUGGACAUGGAUACGGAGUAGCUGCCCCAGGUAUUAGUUUCCGUCCCGGUACUCUUCCCUACAUUGUUGCUCAUAACCUUAUCAAAGCUCAUGCUGAAGCAUGGCACCUUUACAAUGACAAAUAUCGGGGUAGACAGAAUGGAAAAGUCUCUAUCACUAUCAACUCUGACUGGUCAGAGCCCAGAAACCCCUAUAAGCAAGAGGACAUUGACGCAGCAAGACGUAUAAUGCAGUUCUACAUUGGGUGGUUUGCCCAUCCCAUAUUUAAUGGUGACUAUAGUGAAAUGAUGAAGACAAUCAUUCGGGAACGCAGUCUUGCAGCUGGAUUGACUAAAUCACGGCUACCUGAAUUUACCCCAGAGGAAAUAAAGAGAAUUAAGGGGACCCAUGAUUAUUUUGGAUUCAACCAUUACACCACUGUCCUGGCAUUCCCUGUCGAUUAUGGAAAUCUUCAGCAUUAUGAUGCAGAUAGGGGUGCAGGGACAUAUGUUGAUCGUACCUGGCUAGAUUCUGGUUCUGGCUGGCUGAAGGUCACACCAUUUGGGUUGCGCAGAAUAUUGAACUUUAUUAAGGAGGAAUAUGGAAAUCCUACAAUUAUUAUCACUGAGAAUGGGGUCUCAGAACGUGGGCCCACAGAUCUUAAAGAUUCCCACAGGAGUUACUAUUAUGAAAAAUAUAUUAACCAAGUGCUGAAAGCUUACCGGCUUGAUAAUGUGGAUGUCCGUGGCUACACAGCAUGGUCACUCAUGGACAACCUGGAGUGGGCCACUGGCUUCUCAGAGAGAUUUGGACUUUUUUAUGUCAAUCGCUCUGACCCCAAUGUGCCUCGAGUGGCCAAGGAAUCUGUGUCUUUCUUCUCCACCAUCAUCAACUGCAAUGGGUUUCCCGACCCUGCAUCAGGACCUCACGAUUGUUUGAAGCCUAUACCUGAAGCAACAAGUGCUCCAGAAAAUGACAAUUCAGUGAACUUUCUGGGUCUGAGGCUCUCCCCUGAAGAAGCUGAAACCGGACUCAACACUACAUUUGCUCUGCUGCUUGUGGCAGCAACUGGAGCCAUUUGUUUGUCCAUCGGUUGCUUUUUCACUAAAAGACGUUCAAAAUAAAAUGAGAAAGUUGAAAUUGUACCUGCAGCUACCAUUCAGACAUUUAUCUUAGCAUUUAAGUGGAUAUUUGUAAAGUCUACAUAAAACACCAUAAUCAACAAACAUGUAAUAUUGCAGCUGACACUGUAUGUUUUCGAUGAUUCACUUAUUUUAAUUCACUGGGAUUUUUACAACAAAAGUAAACUGAUAUUAAAAUGUUUAUGUAUGUCAACGUUUAUAUAGCUAGAAGUGUGCUAAAGUGUCUGGAAACAUUCAACUAGAGUGUUCAAAUAUGACAUCUUUAAUUAAAAUAUGUAACAUUUAAUAAAGACAGCAAAGACA